AUGUACAAACUUCAGACCAAAAGGGCAAAAGCUACUGCUAGGUAGAUGUGGACUUCAAAUCUAUCCAAGAUCAGACAAUCUCUUAAAAAUGCUUACAGUAAAUGUAAAAACCAGUACCCAGAUUCGACUAGAUAUCCAACUAUGACUUCCUAUGGUUGUGAUCAAGAUGAUGUUAGUACUGGUAAAGAAAUUAAUAUUAGUAUAAUAUUCCAGGAUAUUAAAACUGCCCAAACUGAACUCCUUAGCCAAAUGACUGAUCUUGUCAGUCAGUUAUCAAAAAUCCAGGAAAUGAUUGACUUUUAUCAGAAACAGAUGGAGGUACUGGAAAGCAGAGUGAAUGCUAGUGAAGACCUACAAGGCAUAUUAACCAAAGAUAACUUCUCUUUGAAAGAAGACACUGAUACUUUAAAGAAGAAAGUGACAGAACUGGAAAACCAGAAAUUUUGCUCCAGCAUACAGCAUUUGGAGGAAAAAAAUGGUAAAGAGAUGAGAGAACUUCUUCAUAACCUCAUACAGCCAGAAACUUUGAGGAACACCCUGGCCUCUACAGACUGUGAAAUUUCUUUACCAGAACCACAGAAAGUGCCCAGUUGUCCCAAGCCCACCGAUCAUCUUGAGGAAAAAACAAUUUCUCCUAAAAUUAAAACUCUGAAGAAAAGUAACCACCAAAAUGCAUUAAGAAACUUUAAAAAAUAAAAGUAAAAUAUCUAUAUUUACCCAGACUUUAAAUACAUGGGUCAAACUUAACUUUUUGUCCAUGGAGGAAAGUAGAUUUUCCUCAGUACUAUCAAUUUAGAAGAAUUCAUCCAGUGGCUUCUUUCUAGGCCAAACAUCCUCCCUGAGGAACCACAACUCAUAACCCGGAGAUAUUGUCCUUUCACCAGACUUAUUGAGAGCAUGACAACUAUCUGUCUCUCUGUUUUCAACUAUACUUACUGUCUUUUUGGUUCCUCAAAAGAGGAAGUAACUCAGCUGUAA